GAGUAUCUGAAUAAUUUGUUGGUUAGUCUACGGCGAAAAGGACUCGGGGGUUGGAGCUUUGUGCGUCUCCUCCGCUGUGGUAAUACUUUCCGGGAGGAGUGCUUCGAAUGCGGAUGUACUUAGGGCAAAAUUGAAUAAUAAUAAUAAUAAUAGUUCCAGAAGACAAAUGGCAGCAGCGAUUCUCGGAAGAAAGCAGGGAUUAGCAGCCAUGGCUUCCAAUCUCGUGAGAAGCGUCCUAACUCGACCGUCCUCGUCCUCUUCCAAUUUGGUGGGUUCUGGCCGGAGAAGUCUGACCGCGGGCGGCGCAGUGACCAGCGAGAUCAUCACCACCCACACUCAGAAAUGGAUGCAGGAUACAACUCAGAAAUCUCCCAUGCAGUUGAUCAAUGAAGUCCCCCCUAUUAAGGUUGAAGGCAGGAUUGUUGCUUGUGAAGGAGACAGCAACCCUGCGCUUGGACAUCCGAUUGAAUUUAUAUGUCUUGACAAGGAGGAGCCAGCCGUGUGCAAGUAUUGUGGGCUGCGAUAUGUUCAAGAUCAUGGCAGUCACCAUCACUAGUCUCAAAAUGAUCCUUGCGAUCACUCGAGAAAAAAAGGGAUUUGAUUUGUUUGAAUGUUCUUGUGACCUUUCUCAUUCACAGUUUUAUCCCCCUCUUGGUGUAAUAAAUAAACCGACCCUAGCUACAUAACUGAUCUAGACGUCAUUUUAUGCUCAUUUCAUUCAAUGCCGUUUCUUUUUCA